AUGGCGGCGGUGGCGUCGUACGACCAAAGCGAAUACGCAGCUCAUCGUGCGGUCUCCAGUCUGCUUCAUCCGGACCCCUUGAAAAGGGGUGCACCUCGGCUCCACAGGGGGCCGUGGCGAGGGCUUCCAAAAUUGGCGGUUGCCUUUUGCUCUCCCAGGAGGAGGAAGAGGAGGAGGAGGGCCGCGGGUCAUCCACGUCGGGGGCGACUCCGGACCCGUUGGAAACACUCUCUGACGAGCAGCGGUUUGCUUUUCAUCAGGUGGUGCGCGAGGGCCGCUCCGUGUUCAUCACCGGCGGGGCCGGGACCGGCAAGUCUUACCUCCUCCGCCAGAUCAUCGCGUCUCUGCCAGUCAGCACCACCUACAUAA